AUAUGAGGAGGGGACGGAAUGUAUAAAUACAGAAGAAAGUAAACGAAUCAAUGGCUUGAUUAUUCUGUUUAUCUUCAUAUCCCAAAGUUCUACAAAGCACACAUGAAUCCAGCCCUCCUCGCCCGCAGCAACGUCGUCGCCGCCGCCAGAACCCUAACAACCGCCGCAAAACCCCAAGCCCAAUUCGCAAGAGCAAUGGCCAGUUCCAGCACGAAUCCUCCCUCUUUCCCCUUUGCUCGCGCUAGAGCCGGCGAGCCACCCGCUGAAUUCGCGGAGCUUCGCGCAUCCUGCCCCUUCAGCCGCGUCAGGCUUUGGGAUGGUAGCGAGCCGUGGCUUGUUGUUAAGCAUGAGGAUGUGUGCAAGGUUUUGACUGAUGAGAGGCUGUCAAAGCAACGCCAACGCCCUGGAUACCCCGAGAUGAGCGCGGGAGGUAAAGCGGCCGCGAAGAAUCGCCCCACGUUUGUCGAUAUGGAUGCGCCAGAUCAUAUGCGGCAGAGGAGCAUGGUCGCCAAAUUCUUCACGCAAGAGCACAUCAGCAGCCUAAAGCCACUGAUCAACGAGACGAUAAACUCGGUCCUCGAGAAGAUGGUUGCGAAAGGGGGUGACAAGCCGAUUGACCUCGUUGAGCACUUCUCUCUACCGAUCCCUUCUCUGGUCAUCUAUCAUAUCCUCGGAAUCCCCAUUGAAGACAUCGAGUAUCUGACCAAGACGAAUGCCGUUCGCAGUAACGGUAGCUCGACUGCGGCUGCGGCACAGGAUGCGAAUCGGGACCUGUUGAAGUACCUUGACGAGCUCGUCGACAAGCGCGCUACAGACCUCAAAGACGACCUCAUCAGCACCCUAAUUUCCGAGCAGCUAAACAAGGGCAACCUCGAACGCCUGGACGUCGUGCAAAUUGCCUUCCUCCUCCUCGUCGCCGGAAACGCCACCAUGGUGAACAUGAUCAACCUCGGCGUCGUCACCCUCCUCCAGUACCCAGAGCAGCUCGCCGACCUCAAAGCUGACCCGGGACUCGCACCGGCUUUCGUCGAGGAGCUCUGUCGGUACUAUACGGCCUCGGCACUCGCGACUCGUCGUGUUGCCAAGGUUGAUGUUGUUAUUGGCGGGCAGUCUAUAAAAGCCGGCGAAGGCAUAAUCGCCUCAAACCAAUCCGCAAACCGAGACGCAGACGUCUUCCCAGACCCAGACACCUUCAACCUGCACCGCAAGAUCGACUCGGAGAAGAACCUUGCGUACGGAUACGGUGAUCAUCGGUGUGUGGCUGAGGCGCUUGCGCGGGCGCAGUUGGAGGCUGUUUUUGCCACACUCUUCCAGAGGCUUCCAAACCUGAAGCUUGGUAUCUCCUUUGACGAGAUCGAGUGGUCGGCGCCGCAUAAGGAUGUUGGGAUUGUGGAGUUGCCGGUGACGUGGUGAUGGCUGGAUAAACUGUCCAAAGCCUGUAUCAUAAGCACGAGAAUAGCCAGUGAACUCGAUUAUCUUACCCACUUAAUCACGA